AUGCCUUUCGAUCCAGUGAGAGACGCGGUCUUGAACUCACCAAUAGCGAGCUUUAGCUCUCCUCUUCCUUCCUCCCUACCUCCAACUCCACAGUCACCCUCUCGCCAGCUCCCUAACCGUCGGCCAACUGGACUGGCCGCUCUAUUAAACGAUGACCCACCCAGAACCUCGAAAAUCGCCCACCUCCUUCACAACCCCGAUGACAGAUUAGCUGAAGCACCAUCUAUUCGGAAAAUGACUAAAUACAGCCCCAUUAAUCGUAUUUCUGCUCCAGAAAGCGUUCUUCGGCCCAUGUCACAGGCUGAAAUCAAUCUCUACAAAACCUAUCAGGGCAAAGGCACCCUUCGUCUGGCCAAGCGAAAGCGCUCACCGGAGGCUCCUGCACCAGAAGAAAGGCCGCAAAAGAGGCAUGCGGGUGACGUUGGUGUCGUCGUUGAUCAUUAUAACACACGUCCAGAGGUGGGCGUUGCUCAACGUGAAACAUCGCCAAUCAUUGGCCUCAAAAGUUUCAACAACUGGGUCAAGUCGGUGCUGAUAUCCCGUUUCGGACACCCAGCUUUGCAAGCAAGCAAAGUGGUCGGCAGAGGACCACGAGCGGGUCGAGGCAAAGUGCUUGAUAUGGGAUGCGGCAAGGGUGGCGAUCUCACCAAGUGGGCAAAGGCCCGCGUUGCUGAACUUUUUGGAGCUGACAUCGCAGCCGUAUCUGUCGACCAAGCCCGUUCUCGAUACCAAUCCAGUCGUAACUCUCACUUCGAGGCGACUUUUGCCGCUCUCGACUGCUACUCUGAACCUUUAUCCAAAGCAUUCUCUCCAGCAAAAUUGGCCACCCCCUUUGAUGUCGUGAGCUUGCAGUUUUGCAUGCACUACGCCUUCGAAAGCAUUCAAAAAGCGCGGUGUAUGCUGGAUAAUGUCAGCAAGUGGCUACGCGUAGGCGGGGUCUUUGUGGGUACCAUUCCCAACGCGGAACAACUAUUGCAUAAUUUGGAUGAGAUCCCACCAGAUAGCGACGACCUAAGCUUUGGCAACUCGGUCUAUAAGAUUCGGUUUGAGGAUCGAGUAAACAAACCCGUAUUUGGCCACAAAUACUGGUUUUAUCUGCAGGAUGCCGUCGAAAAUGUCCCAGAAUAUGUGGUCAGAUGGGAUAAUUUCGUUCAACUAGCAGCCGAAUAUGGGCUUCACCCUGUUUAUAAGGAGGAGUUUCACGACAUCUUUUCGGAGCAUCAGGACCACCCGGAGUUUGGCCCGCUCAUGGUUCGCAUGAAGGUUGUAGACGCCAACGGAGAGAGCUCUAUGGAUGAGGCUCAGUGGGAAGCUGCUAACAUCUACAUUGCUUUUGCUUUCGAAAAACGGUAA